CCAACUCUAUUUAAAGCACAACAGCAUGUCUUUGAGUUCUUUGUCAUCUUUACUUUCAAAGCAGCCAAUUGAAUUUAUUUCCUCCAGUCCAGAGCUAAAAGAACUGUGUCUUUCGUCUCUUAAGGAAUCUUUUGCUCAAGUUGUAGGGAGCGUAGAGUCUAGUGUCAAAGAGAGACCCUGUGUACAGGAGCUUCACACUGAGGGAUUUGGCCUUGUGGACAUAUGGGAACAAUUAGAGUUAGUUAACGAUCCGUUAUUGAAGCAUUUGAAGAAACACUUGAAGACGAACGUCAACCAUUUCCUGAGUGAAGUUGAUGAUAAUAAUAACAAGACAAGCGAAGCUGAUGAUAUUAGGAGUGACAAUGAAGAAAUGAUAGAGGAGGAGGAGGAGGAGGAGGAGCUACUUUCAGAAGAUGAGGGAAUAGAAGAAAUGGAUUCGGAAGAUCCUGAAUCAGAUGUAGCCAGUGUCGGUGGAGAGGUGGGCGGAGACUCGGAUCAAUUCUUUGAUUUAAACAAGAUGGAGGAGUUUCUUAAAGAAGCUGAAAAAAUGGACGAGGGAUCAGAUGAAGAUGACAUCGAUUUGUUUGACAGUGACGCUGGAGAAGGAAGCAAUGAUGAAGAGGAACAAGAAGAAGAAGAUGAAGAUGCUAAACGCUCUCUCUACCAGUAUUAUGAUGAUUUCUUUGACCCUGCUCCAUCAUCAACCACAAAGACGCCUUCAGUGGAUCAACCACUCUCCCUGCAUCAGAAGAAACAAGAGAAAAUGAAGUCCUACAUAGCAAAACUUGAAGCUACUAACAUUGCAGAGAAGCCGUGGCAGAUGACAGGAGAGGUGACCUCCAAGGGACGAGGGGAGAACACAUUACUGGAGGAGGAUCUGAUGUUUAAAGAUGCUUCAAGGCCAGCACCUGAGAUCACUGAAGAAGUGACUCUUACUUUAGAAGAAAUUAUUAAACAAAGAAUUAAAGACCAGGCAUGGGAUGAUGUUAUACGUAAGACGAAACCAAAAGAAAGACCUUUCAAUUAUAAAGUGUUUCAGCCACUGAAUGAAGAGAAGAGCCAGUUGAGUUUAGCUGAAGUAUAUGAGCAGGAAUACAUUAAACAGACACAGGGAGAGAGAGAAGAGGAAGAGAAUCCAAAGCAUAAGGAGAUUAGGGAACUGGUUAAGAAGCUAUUCAAUCAGUUGGACUCACUCUCUAACUAUCACUUCACACCAACUAUUGCUGAGCCUGAAGUGAAGUCAAUCCCACUCUUACCCUCUAUAUCAAUGGAGGAGGUUGCCCCCAUCACUCAUAGUGAGACUACACUGAGAGCACCAGAAGAGAUUGAGACUCCCUCUCAAGUUGCCCCAGUUGGUGAGACAGAGAGAAGCAGUACUGAUAAGAAAAGACAAAGGAGACACAAGAAGAAGAGGCAACAUGCCAUUGCUCUUAGCAAAGAAAAGAAGAAAGCAUUGAAGGCUCUCUCUGUUAAACUUAAGAAAACGUCGGCCACAAGAUCCUCGAACCGAUUCUUUGCGGGUUUGGAGAAGGAAGCCAAGGUGUCAUUAAAGAAGGAGAAAUCGAAAUUAACUAAUAAACUGAUAAAUUUGGGCAAUACAACACACACUAGCUCUGGUUUAAAACUCUAAAAUUAUACUAAAGACACUAGUUGUCUCUUGCAAUAAGAAUAAUACUAAUAGUUUUUAAAUAGAAUAAGCUUCAUCUGCUGAUAUAUCCCAAA